CACACACCUGCCCUUCCGCAGCUAGCGCAACUAACCACGUCUUUGUUAGCCAGAUCUGUAUCGUAACGUGAUGUUUUAGUAUUUCGUAGUUAAAAUUUGUUAGAAAGGAUACUGAUGUCAUUGAUUCCUAUAUUUUUCUUUUAAGCUUAAGCUUGUUGAAGUUUAACAGAGACUGAUGUGAUGUAGUUCCAUUCAACAGUAUGCCUUAUCAGGGUAGAAUCAUGGCAAUAAAAGAAAAUUAUCCACAGCGAUCUCUUGCCUUCAUUUCUCUGGCUCUGGGCUUUCUAGUGAUUUGGACAGUAGUGUUAGCAGGUAUCCUUGUAUCCCGUACCCUCAAAGAAGAGGGAACAGCAAAACAAACAACCAGAGUGUUCAGUAUACAUGAGGAUGUUGGGAAAAUCUCUUUUGCACUUGGCCAUGAAUUAGUUUCCACUGUUGAUUGGCUGUUAUCACAAGGCUCCAAGGAAGGACAAAGUAAAACAGAUUUAUACGUUGUUACGUGGAAGACAACAGACAGUGUCCUGAGAAGUGUUCAGGAGACAAGUACUGAUCGUUGGGUUACCAGUGUACUCCAGGUUCUUGAUCAAGUACAGGUUAAACUAAAGAAAUUUAGAGGUACCCUGACGGAAGAAUCCAGCCCAUAUAAUGUUGUGGAAUUUUACCUAGGUUUGAGCAACAUGAUCCUUAACAAGUGUUUCAUCCUAGAUUAUGGACAGCAGCUACCAGUACCUAGCCUCUCGUAUACCCUCUUCAUCCAGGGCAUGUCUCAACGAUUUGGAGAGUUAGCCUUAGGCACAAUUUACGUGAAAUCAGACUUGCCAUUUAACAAAACUGGAUAUUUAUCAUUAAGAGAAGGCAGCACUCAGCUCAUGAGCACAUCAUUCCAUUUUACUCCAAGGGCCAGAGCAAAAUGGGCAGAACUUCAAGAACAGGAGCCUGGGGUAGAGCGGGUUUUGGAAAUGGUGGCCGAAGACAUACUAGCAGGUGGGCAAAUGCGUGGAGGGAGUGAAUUGGCGAAAGCUUACCUGGGAGGGGUGACAGAGGAAGUAGCAAUGCUGCUUUUAACAAAGGAUGUAUUAAAUGCCACACUGUCGUCAUCCAUUCAGAGACUUUCUCAGCGUACUCAUAACACCUUGGCCUUCCACAUGUCUGUCUGUGUUGUUGCAGUGGUUGCUGUUAUAGUGUGUCUUAUUAUCACUGGCUGUGCCUUCAGACACAUUGGCCAAAACCAGGGAAAUUUUAUCAACUUCAAUAAUACUUCAAGUGCUGACUGUCCUGAAACCCACGAUAAAGCUCAGAUUUUGUCUGGUAGUGGUUAUUUUAAACCUCAGUGUCAUUUGUAGAACUUUAAGCUUUAUAACUUUUAAAUAGUAGACUAAGGAAUCUCCAUGUAUGCAUUUUGCUUUUAGUAAUGUACUUUUAAUGUAAUAAUUUGUGGGUCAAGUGUAUUCUGUACGUGUAAAAAAAAUAAAUAAAUAAAUAUUGUUUAUAUACUUA